AUGGCCACCAACAACAACAAGGAGGGCGCUGGCAUCGUCCAGGAGGAGCAUCACCAGGGCUCCCUCAACCUCGCCGCCACCGACGAUAUCAACGGCGUCGAGGCCCCCGUCACCUGGCAGGCCUACCUCAUGUGCGCCUUUGCCUCGUUCGGUGGUAUCUUCUUCGGCUACGACUCUGGUUACAUCAACGGUGUCAACGGCGCCAAGAUCUUCAUCGAGGCCGUCGAGGGCCCCGGCGCCACGGAGCUGAGCUACAGCAACCUGACUCUCAUUACCUCUAUUCUCUCCGUUGGUACCUUCUUCGGUGCCGUCAUCGCCGGUGAUGUUGCCGAGUGGAUUGGUCGCAAGUGGACUGUCAUCCUCGGCUGCGUCAUCUACAUGGUCGGUGUGGUUAUCCAGAUGAUUACUAGUGCCGAGCAUGCCCUUGGCCCCAUUGUCGCUGGUCGUCUCAUUGCCGGUCUUGGUGUCGGUUUCGAGUCUGCCAUUGUCAUCCUGUACAUGUCUGAGAUUUGCCCCCGCAAGGUCCGCGGUGCUCUCGUGGCCGGUUACCAGUUCUGCAUCACCAUCGGUAUCAUGUUGGCCUCGAUUGUCGUCUACGGCGCCCAGGACCGCACCGACACUGGCUCGUACCGCAUUCCCAUUGCCAUUCAAUUCCCCUGGGCCCUCAUCCUCGGCGGAGGUCUCAUGUUCCUCCCCGACUCCCCUCGUUACUUUGUCAAGAAGGGCAUGCUGGCUAAGGCCAAGAACGCGCUCGCUCGCGUCCGCGGUCAGCCCGAGGAUUCCAUCUACGUCCAGAGCGAGCUUUCGGAGAUUAUCGCCAACGAGGAGUACGAGCGUGCUCUGAUCCCCUCGACCACCUGGUUCGGCUCCUGGGCCAACUGCUUCAAGGGCAGCGUCUUCUCCCCCAACUCCAACCUGCGCCGCACCGUCCUCGGUACCUCCCUCCAGAUGAUGCAGCAGUGGACCGGUGUCAACUUCAUCUUCUACUACUCGACUCCCUUCCUCAAGUCGACGGGCGCCAUUGAGGAUACCUUCCUCAUCUCCAUGAUCUUCACCAUUGUGAACGUCUGCUCCACUCCCCUGUCCUUCUGGACCGUCGAGCGCUUCGGUCGCCGCACCAUCCUCAUUCUCGGUGCCUUUGGUAUGCUUGUCUGCCAGUUUCUCGUCGCCAUCAUCGGUGUCACCGUUGGCUUCAACAAGACCCACCCUUCGCCCGAUGACCCGGAUGUGUCCAUCGCCAACAACAUCCCUGCCGUCAACGCCCAGAUCGCCUUUAUUGCCAUCUUCAUCUUCUUCUUCGCCUCCACCUGGGGCCCUGGUGCCUGGAUCGUCAUCGGCGAGAUCUUCCCUCUGCCCAUCCGCUCCCGUGGUGUGGCCCUGUCCACCGCCUCCAACUGGCUCUGGAACACCAUCAUCGCCAUCAUCACCCCGUACAUGGUCCACGAGGACAAGGGCAACAUGAAGUCGUCCGUCUUCUUUGUCUGGGGCGGUCUCUGCACGGCUGCCUUUGUCUACUCCUACUUCCUCAUCCCCGAGACCAAGGGCCUCACCCUCGAGCAGGUCGACAAGAUGAUGGAGGAGACCACCCCCCGCACCUCGGCCAAGUGGAAGCCCACCACCACCUUUGCUUCCCAGGUCGGCACCAAGGAGGGCUACCUCGACCCCAACGUCGUUGGCGACGUCGAGCGCCGCGGCUCUGCCGUCUAA